CCCGGCGCGGUUCGUCGUCCGGUCGGCCCCGUCAGCGCCAUGCGCCGCCGACCCGGCAUCGCCGGCAUCCACCAGCGCCGCGACACCACCGCGGCGAUUCGCACCGUCGGCGAGGAGGCGUCCGAACGUUCGCUGGAGACGAUGCGUCGGCAGCUCGCAACCUUCCGCCAGUCGCUCGAGGAGUUCGCGCUGCGACACAAGGCUGACAUCCGACGGGACCCGGCGUUCAGGGCGCAGUUCCACAAGAUGUGCGCCAACUGCGGCGUGGACCCGCUCGCGUCCAACAAGGGGUUCUGGGCCGAGCUCCUGGGCUUUGGAGACUUCUACUACGAGCUCGGCGUGCAGAUCGCGGAGGCGUGCCUCAGCUCGAGGGCCGAGAACGGGGGACUGCUCGAGCUCCACGACCUCAUGGCGAUGGUGUUGAAGCGCCGCGGGACGGUCGCGGCGCCGGUGAGCGAGGACGACGUGCUCCGCGCCAUCGACCGCCUCAAGGUUCUGGGAGGGGGCUGGUCCGUGCACUCCAUCGGCGGACGGCGCAUCAUCAGCUCCGUCCCUGACGAGCUCAACGCGGACACCUCGGAGGUCAUACGACUGGCGGCGGGCGGCAACGGCGCGGGCGGGGGGGAGCGCGGGUGCGUCACCGUCACGGGAUUGGGAAAAGAGGCGGGAUGGCAAAAGGGAAGGGUGGAGCAGGCGUUGCGCGAGCUGGUCAAGCGGGGCGUGGCGCUUGUCGACGACGGCGACCCUCGCGGCAUUGAACGGCUGUUCUGGAUCCCGUGCGUAUCGCCGCAGAUGACGUCGCGAUGAUCGUCGUUACUUU